AUGGAAGCAGAAGCUCGGUAUUCAGAGUUCAUGAGAGGAGGUCCUUGUAAAGAAUCAUUCAUGGCUUUGCACGAGGAAGCUGGGAUUCGCAGCGAAAAGUGUAAAGAACCAAUGAUGAUGUUGUUAAACUGUAUGGAUUCUCACCCUGAUUACCAUCAACCGGUGAUGAAAACUUGUCUAGAUCAUUUAGUCAAGGAGCUCCAAGGCUUGGAUGCAAUGAAACAAAGCUUUGAAGGAUGA